AUGGCAGAUGUGCGCUCGCUGCUGCGUAAUGAGCGCGCCUCGCGUCGCAUCAACCACCCUCACGCAAACUAUUCAGAAUCCGGCAAACUACUAUGCGCCGUCUGCAACGUCUACAUCAAGACCGAAUCGCUCUGGGACAACCACGUCAAGUCGUCACAACAUGUUGCUCGGCUAGACCAUCUGCGCGCAAACCCUCCACCACCCCCGGCACCGACCCAGACUCGUAAGCGCAAGGCUGGAGAGGGUGAUGACGAAGGCAGGAAAAGAGUCAAGGCUGUACCUGGAGGUUUUGUGCCUGAGGGUUUCUUUGACGCUGCUGAGGAGGGCGCCGAUGAAGAUGAGGUUGAAGACGUGGACACAGCACCUGCUCCAUCAAUACCAGACGCCCCUGUCGCCGAACCACAGCCCGUCGCUUCCGCACCGCCCCCUGCAGCGGACGUGAAUGAAGACGAGUGGGCCGCCUUCGAGCGUGAGAUGGCUACCACUCAGGACACUGCUCUGCCUAUAAUCAGCGCAUCUGCGACCAUCUCAGCCGCCCCUGUCACGGCCGAGGAGCUAGCAGCCCAGGCUCGCGAAGAACAAAGCGCACAGCGAACCGCAAGAGAAGCCGAAUUAGAAGCUGAUACCGAGGAUGCUGCACUCGCAUUGCAACAGGAGUUUGACGAGAUGGACGAGCUGGAUGAGAGAGUGAGACGCUUGCGGGAGAAGAGGGAAGCCUUGCGUCUCUCCAGGCAACAAGACACAUUACCAGAUGCUCCGGCGCAGAAUAAGCAAGUCCCACAACAUGAUCAAGAGGAGGACGAUGAUGAUGACGACGACGACGACAAAUUUGAUGACUGGACCUUUGGCGCUAGGUAG